AUGACGCGUAUCAGCCCCCUCUUGCUGCUACUUGGCGUCGCCAUCUUCUGCUCCACCCUCGGAGACGGAGCGAUCAACUUCGGGUGUUUCUUCACCGUGGGCCAGUCCGCGUCGGGCGCCUGGUGGCUCAUCGAUCCCAAGGGCCAGUCCUUCUUCUCCGUCGGCGUCGACGUAGUGAACUACGGGGGCGACUCCACCGCCGCCGGGGUGGCUGCGUACAACGAUGCUGUGAAGGCCAAGUUCGGCAACCAGUCGGCCUGGGCCGAUUCCGUGGUGUCGCGCAUCGACUCGUGGAAGCUCAACACCCUGGGCGCCUGGGCCGACAGCGUGGUCAUCACCAAGGGCAUGCCCUACACCCGCGCCCUCAGCCUGGGCAAGACCUCCGGCCCCUGGCUCAACGGCUUGUUCCCCGACGUGUUCGAUCCGGCGUGGAUCGCCAGCGUCGACACCAAGGCCAACUCCGGCUGCACGCCCUACCGCAACGAUCCCACCCUCAUCGGUUACUUCCUCGAUAAUGAGAUGUGGUGGGGCCCGAUCGGUUCGGUGGACGACUGGCGCGCCCCGGGCACGAUCCUGGACCAGAUGCUGAUCGGACUCAACACGACCUCGCCCGGUCGCAUCCGCGCCGUGUCGUUCCUCCAGAAAAAGUACUCGACCAUCGCCGCGCUCAACAAAGCCUGGAACACGACCUACGCGAGCUAUGACGCCAUCACCACGAUGCCCCCGAAGACGACGGCGCACACCAACGACACGGCCGAGUUCACCUACAUCGCCUCCGUCCAGUUCUUCAACGUCACUCGCACCGCUAUUCGCAAGUACGACCCGUACCACAUGCUGCUGGGCGUCAGGUUCAUCGGCGCCGGCAACGCACAGGCGCUCAAGGCCUGCGCCGAGUACAACGAGGUGGUCUCGAUCAACUCCUACCCGAGCACCAGCGAGCCCUACGGUCCGCCCACGUCAAGGAUCGACUUCAUCUACAACAACACCAAGAGGCCCAUUCUCGUGGGCGAGUUCGCCUACAAGGGCAACGACACCGGGCUGCCCAACACCAAGGGCGCGGGCCUUCUCUUGGCGACCCAGGCCGAGCGCGCCCAGGGCUACAAGAACUACACCACCAGGCUCGCCAAGCUGAAGCCCGUCAUCGGCAUGCAUUGGUUCCAGUGGUCCGACCAACCUGCCGCGGGUCGCUCCAGCGACGGCGAGAACAGCAACUUUGGCCUCGUCAACAAGGAUGAUAACACGUACACGACCCUGACCGAGCAGAUGAAGCUUACCAACCCGCAGCUCUCCACCUUGCACGACAGCUCGCCCUCCGGCCUCUCGGCGGCCAAGUGCUACAGCACUCUGGCCUGCCCCAACAAGUGCUCGGGCCACGGCUGUUGCGACAGCGACACGGGCCUGUGCUCCUGCGACGGCGGCUUCAAGGGUGCCGAUUGCGGCACCGACGUGAACUCGUUCGGUAGCGCACUCGACACCACCGUGUGGUCGACGACGAGCUCUGCGACGGGCAGCCAGGCCUACAAGGCCGACCAGGUGUCGACGUCGAGCAACCAGCUCAAGCUUGCCAUCACGCCCUGCACCGCCUCCCCGUGCGGCGGAUACAACUUCACCGCCGGCGGCAUCAUCACCAAGACCUACCUCUAUGGUUUCGGCAUCUACACCGCCCGCUUCAAGGCCCCCUCGACGGUCGGCUUCACCGCGCAGAUGGAGCUGAACAGUGGCUCCAACCCGCGGGACAUCAUCACCCUGCGCAUCCGCGGCAACUUGUCCCAGGGCGCGCUGGACUACGUGUCCGAUGGCACGUACAAGUACCUCAAGUGGGUCGGUCCGCUGCCGUUCGCCAACCCCUCAACGGGCUUCCACAACUACUCAAUCCACUACAUGCCCACCUACUUCGCCUACUACGCCGAUGGCGUGCUGCUGGGCACCUACAACAGCACCACCGCCACCAGCGGCCUGCCCGACAGCACGAUGGCCCUGUCGCUCUACAUCUCGGCCGCCAACGACUCGCCCAAGUCCGCCGACGCAAUGUGGGUUUCCAACGUUUCGUACCAGUUGGUGGGCGGAACCGAGGCGGUGUGCCCGUCCUCUUCAUCGAGCCGCUCGGCAGCGGCCAGGGCCGAGUCCAGCGUCUUCUCGUGGCUCCGCUCGUUCGUGUGA